AUUAGGUUGCGAUCUGGCAGAGGGAGCUCCCUUCUCUGCGCGAGAUCUCCCGCGCCUCUUUGCUGUACUGUACCUGCGCCUUCGGCAGGGCGCUUCCAAGAGCAGCAGCGCUGAAGAGGCGGAGAAGCAUCCAAAAGCAUAACCAAAGGACCGCACCUCGCAGGGAUGGAUCAUUAUGACUCUCAGCAAACCAACGACUAUAUGCAGCCAGAGGAAGACUGGGACAGGGAUCUGCUUUUGGAUCCAGCUUGGGAAAAGCAGCAGAGAAAGACAUUUACAGCCUGGUGUAACUCUCACCUCCGCAAGGCUGGCACACAGAUUGAGAACAUAGAAGAAGAUUUCAGGGAUGGCCUUAAACUUAUGUUAUUGCUGGAAGUUAUAUCAGGUGAACGUUUGGCUAAACCAGAAAGAGGCAAAAUGCGAGUGCACAAAAUCUCAAAUGUGAACAAAGCCCUGGAUUUCAUUGCUAGCAAAGGAGUCAAGCUGGUAUCCAUUGGAGCAGAAGAAAUUGUUGAUGGGAAUGCAAAAAUGACCCUUGGAAUGAUCUGGACUAUCAUUCUCCGUUUUGCCAUUCAGGAUAUCUCAGUGGAAGAGACAUCUGCUAAAGAAGGGCUUUUGUUAUGGUGUCAGAGGAAGACAGCCCCAUACAAAAAUGUGAACAUCCAAAAUUUCCAUAUUAGCUGGAAGGACGGCCUUGGUUUCUGUGCCUUGAUUCACAGACAUCGCCCAGAACUCAUUGACUAUGGAAAGCUAAGAAAGGAUGAUCCUCUCACUAACCUGAAUACAGCUUUUGAUGUGGCUGAAAGGUACCUAGAUAUCCCCAAGAUGUUAGAUGCAGAAGACAUUGUUGGAACAGCCCGCCCUGACGAGAAGGCCAUCAUGACCUAUGUUUCUAGCUUCUACCACGCCUUCUCAGGAGCACAGAAGGCCGAAACGGCAGCCAAUCGUAUCUGCAAGGUGCUGGCGGUUAAUCAAGAGAAUGAACAAUUAAUGGAAGACUACGAGAAGUUGGCCAGUGAUUUACUGGAGUGGAUCCGCCGCACCAUACCCUGGCUGGAGAAUCGGGCACCAGAGAACACCAUGCAAGCCAUGCAGCAGAAACUGGAGGAUUUCCGAGAUUAUCGUCGCCUUCACAAGCCUCCCAAAGUCCAAGAGAAGUGCCAAUUGGAAAUCAACUUCAAUACAUUGCAGACUAAGCUGCGACUUAGCAACAGGCCAGCCUUCAUGCCUUCGGAAGGGAAAAUGGUCUCGGAUAUAAAUAAUGCAUGGGGAGGCCUAGAACAGGCUGAGAAGGGCUAUGAGGAGUGGCUUUUGAAUGAAAUUCGAAGAUUAGAGCGGUUGGAUCACCUGGCUGAGAAGUUUCGGCAAAAAGCUUCCAUCCAUGAAUCCUGGACAGAUGGUAAAGAAGCAAUGUUGCAGCAGCAGGAUUAUGAAACUGCCACACUCUCAGAGAUCAAGGCCCUGUUAAAGAAGCACGAGGCAUUUGAAAGUGAUCUUGCUGCUCAUCAGGACCGAGUGGAACAGAUUGCUGCUAUUGCACAAGAACUCAAUGAGCUGGAUUAUUAUGAUUCGCCAAGUGUCAAUGCCAGGUGCCAGAAAAUUUGUGACCAGUGGGAUAAUCUUGGGGCUCUGACCCAGAAACGACGAGAAGCCCUGGAGAGAACAGAAAAACUGCUGGAGACAAUUGACCAGCUAUAUCUAGAAUAUGCCAAAAGAGCUGCCCCUUUCAAUAACUGGAUGGAGGGGGCCAUGGAGGAUCUUCAGGACACCUUCAUAGUCCAUACCAUUGAGGAGAUCCAGGGAUUGACCACAGCCCAUGAACAGUUCAAAGCUACCUUGCCAGAUGCUGACAAGGAGCGACAGGCCAUCCUAGGAAUCCACAAUGAAGUGUCAAAAAUUGUUCAGACCUAUCACGUCAACAUGGCAGGAACCAAUCCCUACACCACCAUCACCCCACAAGAAAUAAAUGGCAAAUGGGACCAUGUGAGACAACUAGUUCCCAGGCGGGAUCAAGCUUUGAUGGAAGAACAUGCACGCCAGCAGCAUAAUGAGAGACUCCGCAAGCAGUUUGGGGCUCAGGCCAAUGUAAUUGGGCCCUGGAUCCAAACGAAGAUGGAGGAGAUUGGCCGCAUCUCCAUAGAGAUGCACGGGACUCUGGAGGACCAGCUCAAUCACCUGCGGCAGUAUGAGAAGAGCAUUGUGAAUUACAAACCAAAGAUUGAUCAGCUGGAGGGAGAUCACCAACAGAUUCAAGAGGCAUUAAUCUUUGACAAUAAGCACACCAACUACACUAUGGAGCACAUCAGAGUGGGCUGGGAGCAGCUCCUCACAACAAUCGCUAGGACUAUCAAUGAAGUAGAAAACCAGAUUCUGACCCGGGAUGCCAAAGGAAUCAGCCAGGAACAGAUGAAUGAAUUCCGUGCCUCCUUCAACCACUUUGACAGGGACCACUCCGGCACACUUGGCCCCGAGGAGUUCAAAGCCUGCCUCAUCAGCUUGGGUUACGAUAUUGGAAACGAUGCGCAGAAGAAGACAGGGAUGAUGGAUUGCGAAGAUUUCCGCACCUGCCUUAUCUCCAUUGGUUACAAUAUGGGUGAUGCAGAGUUUGCUCGAAUUAUGAACAUUGUGGAUCCCAAUCGGAUUGGAGUAGUGACGUUCCAAGCCUUCAUUGAUUUCAUGUCCCGGGAAACAGCAGAUACUGAUACAGCUGACCAAGUUAUGGCCUCUUUCAAGAUCCUGGCUGGAGAUAAAAAUUAUAUCACUGUGGAUGAAUUGCGACGGGAACUGCCUCCUGAUCAAGCUGAAUAUUGCAUUGCUAGAAUGGCACCUUAUACUGGGCUGGAUUCUGUACCUGGUGCCCUGGACUACAUGUCUUUCUCUACAGCUCUCUAUGGCGAAAGUGACCUUUAACUGUUACCUAUCUAUCCAGCACACAUCCUUAUCCUCUCCUAUCCAGGCGCACUUUUCUUUCUGUUUGCAAAGCAGGCUCUGCUCUGCCUUUUCUCCCCCUCUCUGCUUCCACUUCAAAUAACAGGUCGGGGGUGGGGGGAGGGAGACAGAGGGGAGGAUGUUGAAAUGAAACAGUUUAUCAUGCCCCUGAAAAAUGAUGGUUUACAAAAUUGUUUUCUGGGGGGAAAAGUUACAUUUAAGCAAACAUAUUUUAUUAUAGAAAAAAGUAUUUUUCUCCAAGAUUGAAGCAUAAAUAGAAAAUGUUAAAAGUAUUACACAAGAUGUAUAAGGAGUGGUUUUUUUCUUCUUGCUGUUCAGACAUAGGAAAUGGAGUUCAGUGUUGCAUUCCAUCCAUAUAUAUAUACCCACAAACCCAGCUCCACUUGUUUCCCAUCUGUCUGUCUUUCCUUAUCACAUUGAUUUUCAGAGACAGAGGCACACAAGUGCAUGUGUUGCUGGUUCACUCGUUUCAUGAAAAUAUUUUACAAUAAAACUUUUUGAAAUUGCUGUGUUUUUUAGGGAAAAAUAAUGUACACAGCUCAUUUUCAUAUUUAAUUAAAAUUACAAUAUGCCUACUAUGUGUUGUUGCUGAAAGUUGUCUGGUUUCCAAAUAUGGCGCUUGAGAGUUGGCAUCUUUGAUAUUGCUUGUCACAGACAAAAUUAAAAAGAAAACUUCUUGUGAUACCAAAUCUAGACUUCAUUCCUUUGUCUAGUUAAAUUGUUUAGCGAUAACCAGAAAGACUUUCUGAAACUUCAAAAUACAUUUGGUAGCUUGGGGUUUUGUGUAUAUUAUUCUGAUGUUAAUGUUUUUAUCUGUUUUCUUACAUGCAAGACACCAAAGUGCUUUCCCCCGCUUCUCCCUUGCUUUGAAUUGUAUUGAUGCUUACGUGACUGGUGUUACCGCUUCAAAGGAAGAUAAUCUCAUCAUAACAAAAUUUAAAUUUGGAUCAAACAUGAUAUGUGCACAUCUGUGGAAACUGCAGCUUUUUCCAGCAAAGAAGUAAUGAAGACUUAAUUUUAAUAGUUAAAAGAAGGACUGAGAGCAUGGUCCUAUAUAUGUCUAUGCAGAAGUCAGUCCCACUGAAUUUAAUGGGGCUUACUCCCAGAUAAGUGGGUAUAAGAUUGCAGGCUUUCAGCAUGUUGGUAUGCAAGUUUACUCAAAAUUAAGCCAAUGUGGCUUACUCCUGGGUAAGUGUGCAUAGGACUGCAGCCUUAAUUUAAAAAUUCUUCUCAUUAUAUUUGAUGAACCAUUCCAUUAUUUCCAAUCCUAGGCAUUAGAAGAUACAAAAUCAACACCUCCUGUCCCAGUAUACAAUGUAAAAUUGGCUUUAAAACAUCUGUUUUCAAAACAAUAAAUUUUGUGUGUUUA